CUCUUUCUGAUCAAAAUUAAACCAACGUUGUAAAGUCAAGAAAACAUAAAAAUGUCUUCAGCUCCAUUGAUGUCUUCUUCCUCUCUCGAUCCGGAUCUCGCCGACAACAUUCCGGUGGUCGAUAUCCCCGGCAGCUAUGGCCUCCCCUUCCUGGGUCCCAUCUUAGACCGCUACGAUUACUUCUAUAACCAAGGCGAGGUUGAGUUCUUCCAGAGCCGGAAAGAUAAGUACCAGUCGACGGUGUUCCGGAGCAACAUGCCGCCGGGACCGUUCAUGGCGAAGAACUCCAAAGUCAUCGUACUCCUCGACAACACCAGCUUCCCCAUUCUCUUCGACGUGUCCAAGGUGGAGAAGAAAGAUCUGUUUGAAGGGACGUACAUGGCUUCCACCAAGUUCACCGGCGGCUACCGCAUGUGCGCUUUUCUUGACCCGUCGGAGCCCAAACACGCCACCUUGAAAGGGUUUUUUCUGGCCACUCUGGCGAAGCUCAAGGAUAAGGUUAUUCCCCAGUUCACCACCGUCUACUCCGAUCUGUUCACCACCUUGGAAGAGCAGGUGAAGCUGAAUGGUAAGUCCAGUUUUAACGAUCUGAAUGAUAAUAAGGCGAUGGAGUUUAUAUUCCGGCUGUACUGUAACAACAAGAAUCCGGCGGACACCAAGCUGGGCGCCACCGCUAGCAAGACGUUCGAUUUCUGGCUGGUUCCUCAGCUCGCGCCGCUCAUUACUCUAGGACUCACAAUGCUGCCCAAUUUCAUCGAGGAUUUGGCCCUCCACACGUUCCCCAUCCCCUUCUGUAUCGUCAAAUCGGCUUACAACAAAAUCUACGACUCCUUCUACGACAACCUGGGAUCCAUCCUCGACGACGCCGAGAGCGCCGGGCUCCAGAGAGACGAGGCCUGCCACAACAUCAUUUUCCUCAACGGCUUCAACUCCUACGGCGGCUUCAAGGUCUUCUUCCCCGCUCUGUUCAAGUGGAUCGGCGCGGCGGGGCCCAGCCUGCACAGCCAGCUGGCGAGCGAGAUCCGCGGCGCCGUCGCCGCGGAAGGCGACCUCACCGCGGCGGCGAUUGAGAAAAUGCCGCUGACGAAGUCCGUCGUCUGGGAGGCUCUGCGAAUCGAGCCGCCGGUGGCGUUCCAGUACGCCAAGGCGAAGGAGGAUCUCCUCGUCCGCAGCAGCGACAAUAAAUUCUAUUUGAUUAAGAAAGGCGAGAUGAUCUUCGGAUACCAGCCGUUCGCCACGAAAGACGAGCUGGUUUUCGCCGACGCCGGGAAGUUCGUGCCGGACCGGUUCGUGGGGACGGAAGGCCAGAAGCUGGUGAAGAACGUGUACUGGUCGAACGGCCGGGAGACCGACAGCCCGACGGCGAACGACAAGCAGUGUCCGGGGAAAGAUCUGGUGGUGUUGCUGUCGCGGCUGGUGGUGGCGCAGUUCUUCCUCCGCUACGAUACGUUCACCUGCGAGGCGGAGAAGUUCUUGCUUGGGUCAAAGACGACUUUCACGUCGUUGACCAAAGCCACGUCGGCAAAGUGAAACUUGGGUUUUGGUGAGCUGUUUUUGGUGGACCAUUCAAUGUUUUUUGUGUUUGGUAUAUAAACAACCUUAAAAAUCUUCAUAUUUUUAUUUCGUUGUUCCUAUAAGUCUAUGAUAAGGUUGUGCAAUAAUUGAGCUUGUUGGCAUGGCCACCACUUUUGUAACACAUCUUGAAUAAAUACUCACAUUUUCAUAUGUU